AUGUUUUCUCGAGAAGGGCAUUGCCUCUCUUAUUUCUUCCUCAGCAAAGUGAAGGACAUGAAUUCGGUAUUGGAACUAACGGUGUACGACGAAGACCGGGACAAGAAGUGCGAGUUCCUCGGAAAGCUUGCCGUGCCUCUCAUCAAGAUAAAAAGCGAAGAAAAGAAAUGGUACGGUUCGAAGGACCGGAAACUCAAGACUAGAGUCAAGGGUCAGAUCCUUCUGGAGAUGAACGUUGUCUACAAUCCGAUCAAAGCCUUCGUGAAGACAUUCAAUCCUAAAGAAACCAAGUUCAUGCAACUCGACCAGAAGUUCAAACGCAAUGUGUUCAUGCGCAACCUGGCGCGUAUCAAGAACAUUGUGAUGUUUGUCAUUGACAUGGGCAAGUUUCUCAAUAGCUGCUUCCUCUGGGAGUCUGUGCCAAGAUCCCUCCUCGCCUUUGCCGCCUUCCUCGUGAUCACGUACACUGCUGAGCUGUACAUGCUGCUCCUGGUGCUUCUGCUGGUCUUCCUCAAGAAUCUGCUGGUGCUCACGGUAGUCGGGAUUCAGGGGGGCGGCAGGGAGAAGGAAGAGCUCAAUGAAGACGACGAGAAAGAUGAACAGGACGACAAGGAUCCCAGACAGUUGAGUUUACCUUCGAUGCCAAAUUUUUUGUAUACGAAUGUAUCGGUUAUAGGUGUUGCACCUUUCCGGUGUCGAUUGUACUGGUGGAAGUAA